AUGCGCUUCAGCAUCUUCGUUGCCCUGCUCGUUGCCACCUUCGUGGUGUGCUGCUCCAGCUUUACCAGAGCUGAGAGCGUCGAUCUUGCCAAUUUUGAACGCCGUCUUCGCGAGGAAGCAGUCCCGGUUAACAAGGAUAACGUUGCUAAGAUCGCUGGAAGCUGGCUCGAGAAGCUGCAGACGAAUACCGCCUUGACGAAGGCAGUCAAGACCGUCCAGGCUUCGGACGGAGACGAGGUUGCUGUCAGGAAGGCCAUCACGGCAUUCGCUGCUACCAAGGAUGCGGUCAAGACCAACGACGAGCAGAUUGCCAAGCUCGCUUCCAUGAUUGCAACAACCGCGAAGAAGAACCCCAAGUCAUGGCCUCGUCUCCGCAAGUUCGCCAAAAUCACGCUGGGCGCAACUGUUGGUGGUCUUGCCAUCUACGGUGCGUACAAGCUUCUGUUUGACAGGAACGCUUCGGGUGCUGCGGCGACGACAACGACUACUACUACGACGGAGUAA